GCUUAUGAAAACACCUCAUCAUCCUAGUUAAACUAAACCGGAUUCUCUGUAUCAGGACUGCAAAAUGGCUGAGGAGGAAGUUUCUGGACGGCAGCUUCUGUGUCUUACAUUCGUAUUUUGGGAUAUUGAUGUCAUCCGAUUUCCAUUACUCCUCCAGCAAGACGAAGCCCUGUCGUGGGUUUGGCAGCGGCCGCGUUUCCAGCAACCUCGCGGGGCUGAGCAUGCAGGGAACCUCGUUAACGGCCAAGUGCAGUGGACACCUCAGUUCUUGUUAUCUGCAUGGAAGUCUGCGAGUCUGUGUGAUGAUGUGCCAUCACUGAAGGAGUUCCUGGCUGACGAUCCAAGAGUUCUGAGCUGUUUCUGGAAAGAGAUGGCUAGCAAAACCUUUGAAGAACACGACGGAAAUCAUGGAGUCGCUAUUUCGUUAGCUAUGUUGGAUGUCAUGGACAGGCCAUGGUCUAAGUUUUGGAGAGGAGAUAAUGAUGCUGACCUUGUAACAUCAGUAAAUAUGCAUACAUUGGAAAGAAUCUUCUGUUUGCACAAAGAUUCAUUCCAGCAGCUAAGGGUCCUUGUAAUUUUUUUUGUUGGGGAACAGGACACUCGGUGGCCACCAAACAAUUUUGGCUUUCAUAGCUUAUCUCUAUUCAAAGGGCUUUCUCAUGUCCUUAGCAAUUCCAGGUGUCGCAUUGAGAAAUUGUCACUUCACAUUGGCAUUGUCGAACCAGAAGUAGGUCCUCUGUUGGCAGACAUGCUGAGCCACAACUUCUCUCUUACUUACUUAGAUCUUUCCUCACACUUGUCAGGCGAGGAAUUUGCAGCUCGCAUUGCAGAGGGCGUUGUGAAAAACAGAAGCUUACAGAAGUGUUACUUGGCUUUUACGCUUGACGGUAAUCAAACUGUAGCUGCUAGACUUGUUGCUGAAUUGGCAAAUGGGCUGGCAACCUCAAGUGGUGCUCCAAUUCAUGUCAUUCCCCAGGGUUCUGCAUCGUCAGGAGUCAUAGCGACAAUAGGGGGACCGGCAAGUUCGGCGGCUGAGAUAAGGCAAACCUCAGCAAACAGCGGAGCAAGGCAGCGAGGAAGCCAACUCCAGAAGCUCCUUCUCAAAUGCUUCGAUACAGAACUCAGGGAUGCUCAAGGCCUUGCAAAGUUGGUUGCAUUGAACACAACACUGAAGCAGCUGAGCCUGAAGUUUCACGAAUGGUCCGCUGAAGUAAUGUUGACAGUGCUUGAAGGACUCAAACAAAACAGAUCCUUGGAAAUUCUCGAGUUUUUCACAUUUUCUCCCUCCAUAGCCAGCAGCCUUAAUACUCUUCAGCGAGCACAGUUAGAGUCCAUUCUUCACCAAAACUCGACUCUCAGGUGUUUUCAAGCUCCUCUUCGACCAGACGACAUUUUGAUGGUUCAUAACAGACUGGAAAGAAACUAUUGGGAGCGUUCUGUGUUGAAGGCUGCAGGCACCGCGCAGUAUUCUUCAAGCGAGCACAUCAAAUGCUUCUUGGCUGGCGAUCCACUUGUGGGCAAGACCACACUCAGGAAUUCCAUGUCUCGAGGGAGCAGAUUGCAGUCAAUGGUCUAUGGAGUGUUAACCUUGGCUCAGCCUGUUGGUCGUCGGACACGAGGGAUUGAGGUUAAGUGUUUGAGUAAAAAAAGUGAGGAAUCUGGCAAUAUCAAUAUCCAUUUGUGGGAUCUGGGCGGACAGCAAGAAUACCACACGAUUCAUGAUCUCCUCAUGCCCACUCUUGGAAAUGAUAUGGCGAUUCCACCACUGUUUGUGCUGGUUUGUGAUCCUGUAAGUGCGAACCCUGGGCACAAACAAAAUUCUUCACGUGUAUGGAGGUCAAUGGAUGACUUGGAGAGGAGUUUGGGAUACUGGCUGAAAUUCAUUGCUGCCAACUGUGUCCCGCAUUGUAAGCCUUUAGUGAUCCUGGUCUUCAACCCUCAUUAUCCGCUUCCAAGUUCACCGACAUUUGAACAUCAGGUGCACGAGCUGCAGAAAUGGGCAUUCAUGAGAUUUCAAAACGUGCUGGACAUUGCAGAGGAGUUUCUUGUUGUUGAUGCACGGAAAACAAAGGAUGCUGAAAGGGUGAGCAAUCUCCUGUUCUAUCGAGCGAAAAGAAUCCUGGAAAGGUCUAAAGUGUUGCUCAUCAUGGAAAAAAUUCUGUCAAAGGUUGUCUCACUUCCAAAGAGUGAACCUCUUCUUUCCCGAAAGGAUUUUGAUCAGGCCUGUUAUGAGGCCACACAUUCCACUAUAGAAUCUUUGAAAGAACACCUGCCGCACGAUUGUCCAGACUUGUCUGAUUUUCCAAAAGGUCCAGGAAAACCAGGAAGGGGAGCGGAAUCAUCGACAGCCUUAUCGAGUAUGCUGACUGAUCUAGGCAACAUAGCGGCUCGCUACCUCCAUGACAUCGGUGAGGUCAUCUGGUUCGAGCCACUGCCAUUUGUGAUUGUCCAGCCGCAGUGGUUUUGCUGUAGAGUUGUAGGGCACCUAAUCCCAACAAAUUUCCACGACUCAGGAGUCCGUGAUGGGAUUGCUGAUUUGAAGCUUUUGAAAAGUAUACUAAAGACUUCUCUCCCAGAGAAAAACUAUGUGCAUGUGAACUAUUUGGUGGAACUGAUGGCAAGGAUGGAGCUUGGGUACAAGGUCGAUAACGGGCAAGGCAUGAUGAUACCUGGAUGUCUUCGCGAUAGAAGGAGUGAUGGUGACAUAAAAUGGGAGCUGGCGCGGCAUGAACAGAGCUGUUGCUUCGGGUUUCGGAUUGAGUGCAGGGAUAAGGAGCGGACGAUGCUGUCAGCCGGUUUCUUUCAUCGUUUGCAGCAACUUCUCGUACUGGACACCAAACUCAAUGGUUCCAGGAGUUGCAGCAGAGAAAGAGGCCACAUGGGAACAGAUCCCARCUGCCCCAAAWAUCCGAAUCAACCAAAGGAACRAAAACUCCUCCCCAACAUGUUAGUAGRGGUGGAGGACGCCCCGGGCAUUUGGUUCAUUCCGGACARUAACUACAAUGGAUGGGUCUUUGACGAUAACUUGGAAGUUCCGGACUGGGUAUGGCACUAUGCCGACCAAGAAUCAGAAGUAAAAAAACCCAAUGUCUUUCCCCCGACCGACAGCAAAUGGCAGAAAAGAGCCACAGGGAAGAUUUCGGGCAACCCAUCAAAAAUCACCACUGACCCACUGAUCAAUUCUCGUGUAAUCAAGGAAGAAAAAGACAAAGAAGAUUUGCUGUGGGAUUUGGAAGCAGUAAAAGAACAGGCAAUACUGCACUUCAAUAAGGACUCGUCGAGCUUCAGAAGUAUGUUGUCAGAAAUGGAGCAAAAAUCAGUUCAAACAAGAACAGGGGUUCAAACAGACAACAAAAGGACAAUGGAAAUCGGAAAGAGGCAAGGGAGUCAGGAAGGGGGCUCAAAGAGGAGGAAGGMAGUAGAUGAGCAAGGGAAAGAGGAGGUGGUAAGUCUCCCAGCAGACAAAGAAGGAGAGAAGGGGACAACAGACUCCGGUGGUACAGGGUCUGAGAAGAGAAGCGAGAGCGACAAAAGGGAAGGGGACAACACAGGAUCUGACAGUGAGGGGGAUUCUCACAGAUCUCUGCAGUGGCUCAAGGACUACAUAGAAAAGGUGAAGAGGGAGAGGGAACAAGCCUUUGACAUUCGGGCAGCCUGUCUCAAGCAUGCAGAAAGACAUCAAAAGAAUGGUAAGAAGGGGAUGGGCGAAGUUGGGAAAUUAAGCAACCAAUUUGAUGUUCUCAUAAAAGUGAAGGCGGAAGAAUUAUCGGAAUACACAGCCUUCAGAUAUGCGGAAAAAAAAAGGGCAAGGGAACAGGGAAUGAAAGACAGAGAUAGAACAGCCCCAGAGUCGAAGGAUGAUUUCCAAGACUUGCGCCCAAAGAAGUGGAGAUCAGGGCAAAAUCAGAAGAAGAAGAACCCGAACAUGACCCAGACGGAUUCUGAGGAAGAAUCAGUGCGCACACAGCUGGAAAAGGAAGCGGUAGUAGUAAUUGCACAAACAGAGAAGCUAAACAGACUGAAUGAGGAAUACUCACCAGAAUUCACCACGAUCACUCACAUUGCCAGGGAUCAGGCCCCACUGGUAGUAGAGACAGCCAAAUCAUCAAGACUGACACUGAUGAACAUCCACCCCCUGAUUGCUGCAAGGUAUGUAGAAAAACUGGAGGAAUGGCAAAUUGCAACAGAUGUGUCCUUUCAGAUACCAUGCUUUGAGGAAGGGCAAAAUGUGGCUACUGCACUCCUCGAAAAGAUAUCCACGGAGUAUCCAUUGGGGGUCUACGACUCCAUGCCAAGCAAUCUAGAGCAUGAGGAUACACUUCCCCAACAAGAACAUGAGGGAUCCACCUCACAGCCCUCAGAGCAUGAUAGACACUCGCCUCAUGCAUUCUCACCAAUGAUCGUCAAGCUGUCAAACAAAGCAAAUCUUUGCUCAGGGAUGAGAUGGAGGCCUUGGAGAACGAUCAAAGUUGUGCCUUAUAGUGUCUUGGCGGGWUCGAGCCUGCCGGCUGAACUGGCAGCAGUCUCACUGGCCCAGUUGGUUGCCACAGGAAUGCUGGAGGGAGAUGGUGACCUAGAUGCGAGGGCAUAUCCGGUGGACUGGGAGAGGUUUUAUAGGAGUGAAUCCGAGGGGGAGGACAAGGAAUGGCACUCUGAUGACGAGAAGGAGGAGGAAGACCAGGACGACGCGAUGGACUCAGACAAUGAGGACAGUGAUGAGUUGUUUGAGAUCUCCAGACAGGAGAAGGAUAAGGCAGAUAGUGUGCGAAUGCAUGAUCGGCUGGAAGACUGUGGGCAGUACACCAUCGAGAAAGACUUGAGCCAUGUGGUUGUCAAUGGGCCUGGCAUUGAGUUGUUCUUGGAGUUCUCGAAUGCCCACGAGGACUGGGUUGACGUUCUAGUGCGAUGUCGGGAUGAUGCGAGGGAUGCCAGCAAAGUUUGGGUGGAAUGUCACAUCCUACGUGAGGUCACACGUCUGUGCGCAGAGCCCUUUGGUCUACCUGGUGUCGACCUGGCAAUCAAAAUCAUCCGCCCAGAGUGUGUAGAACAACUUGUCCCUCGUGAAUACCGUCACAGCUCACAGGUUGUAGAUGAGAUCAAAAUCCUGAAUGGCAUUAGCGAGUGGGGCGCGCAGUCAGUAGAGUAUGAGUACAGUUGGCCUGAGCUCGACCUUGGCAUGAUCCGCAGAGGCCUGCCCAGGUCUCUGAGUAAGGGACUGGACCUAGUAAGGCCAUCAACACUGAGCGAGUCAGUGAUCCGGCAGACCGGUCAGCUCAGACAACUGAUGAGAGACUAUGAGCUGCACCCAUUUGAUGUGCGGCAGCAUGGUCAGAACAAUCAUGCACCAUCCAGCACAGAGCAGGGGGUGACCCGCCAUAAUACAAUGCUUGUGGAUGGGUUGCCCCAUCCAUUCCAAACAAUGAUGGAUACCAUUGUGCAUAAGCUUAAUGAGAUUCAUGAAGAUGUAGUAAGGAUUGACAGCCAUGUGAAAGAGUUGAAGGAUGCGCUGAAGAAAUUGAUGCAAACUCAGAAAGACAUGUUCCCCAGGAUCUGCAGAGAGCUGGACAAACUCUCGGGACUGAUUGUGGAGAAACACAAACAUCGACUGCCUCACCUUCUCUAUUUUACCGAAAGGGAUGGGGUGAAAGCAAGACUUGCAGCCUUGUUUGGCCAUGUGCUUGGAGUUCGUCCACUCCAACUUCAUAUGAUGUGUGAAUCCCGGAACCAGUUCCAUGUCGUCGAUGGGCAACCGGGGAUCACUGUCUGCAUUCAGAAGGAGGAGAAACAGGCAGUUUGGCUGAUGCUAAGAACCACCCUGCUGAUAAUUACAGUUCUUGUCAUGGCGGGAUGCGGAGCAAUGGCCGGAAUCAAUCUUUUGGCACCAGAUCUUACUAGUCUGAGUCGUGACUGGUCAUCCAUUGCAGCAGCCGAAGUGAUGGGAGAUUUGGCAAUUGGUGCAUCCCAUGCUGACAAGGAGAUCAAGGAUUUCAGAGAACGUUUGGACAAAGGUAAGAGGAUGCUUGACGAUGGUCCAGAAGAUGAUAUCAAAAGAAGAGAAGCAUUUGCUUGGCUGGAGCAGACACUUGUGAAGAGGGAGGUGAAUAUAAGAGACAAGUUCCAGUUAUCGAGGGUGAGAUACAGGGACACGAGCUCCUUUGCAUGGAUUUGUGAUGCCUGUGUUCUGAAGGAGCAUGGAAAUUUUGAGAUGUUCCCAUAAACACUGUUGAAAUCUGUUGAGAAAAAAUUGUCAAUAGGCCCCCAAUGUCAGGACGACAGCAGCCUGCAUAUGAGGGAACACCAUCGGGAGUUGGAAAACACCUGCCGUGGUCAGGGAUCUCAUAUUGAGUGGGUAAUUUAAUAACUGCCACUAAUUGGAUUACUGGGAACUGUUCUUUCCAUCCCCUCGAACGUAUUGAAACCGAUUGGCCAUUGGGGCCGGCCCAAGUGGAUCCUACAUGCCAAUUUUUUUUAAGGUUUCAUGCAGCAUGUUUGAUGGAGCCUUCAUACGCACAGGAUGCACUAUUGGGUUUUUGAACCGUUUUUCUGAUGUCAACCGUUGGCUCCCUACAUCGAACGUGGAAGGAGAGGGGUGUGUCCAAAAGGAGGAGCGGCGUGUUGUGGACCGUGGAAGGAACGAUCGCUGGCUGCAUGGUACUCAUCCUCCCUACAGCGAACGUGGAAGGAGAGGGGUGUGCCGAAAAUGAGGAGCGGCAUAUUGUGGACCGUCGAACAAACGAUCGCUGGCUGCGUGGUACUCAUCCGAUAGCAUGACAGCAGCCAAAUGAAGAAUGAAGAAAAGA